GCGUUUCUUGAAUCAGGGGGAGGCGUUGCUGGCUUGUCCAGCAGCCAGCAGCAGCUGUUGGUUUGAGCUCAACUCACAGCGAUGCGACGCAGUGAACUCGCGGUCACUCCCUGCGAUGCAGUCCAUCUCAGUAUGAGGGGAGGUCAAUUCACUGUGACGCAGUCAAGACUCGAGGCAUUCUCUGCACAGUACAGUACUCGCGAUACUGUAGCAGGAGAAAGCGAUUCCGUUUGCUGAACCAGUCCUCGUGCUUCCAAGCGAUUGCGUCGUCACUUACUUCGUAGUACUGAAAAAAGACGACUGGGAAGGCGUUCGAGGCGAUUUGUAAUGAGUUGAUCCGACUGAAAUAGUCUGAUCCGACUUACGAAUCGUAAGUCGGACUUUUGCGACGGUAGAUCCAACGGGUGACAGGACAGAUGAUUCUGGUGUUUCGAGAGUGAAAACGAAUCGAAUUGCCGCCUAAUCAAUGCACUGCGUUUGGAUAGCGCGUGUAAAUAGAUACUCAGAGCGCUCAUGCAACGAAAGUAGCUCCUCCUGAUAGUUAAUUUAUUCAAGGCAAAGCUAUCGCCAAAGCCUUCGCCAAAGCCUUCGCCAAAGCUGUCGCCACAGAGAGGCAUUCCAUGAGUAGCGAUCCCUUGACGGCACACGCCACCGACGAAGUAGCAGUGGCGACAGACCAUGCACUCCAGGAUGCAACCCAGGAUGCACUCCAGGAUGCAACUCAGGAUGCACUCCAGGAUGCACUCCAGGAUGCACUCCAGGAUGCAUUUCAAGACGCACUCCAGGAUGCAUUUCAAGACGCACUCCAGGAUGCAUCACUUGAUGUCCUUGCUCAUCCUCGUUACACGCUCUUGCUCAGGGCAAGCCUCUUCACCGGAUCAGCGAGCGCUCUACCUAGUGCACAUGACGUCAGCACCGCCAAUAGUGGCGUACUCUGGCGGAAUCUCAGGGCUCAAAUCCACAGCUGUUGGAAUUGUUGAAUCCGCUGCUGCUGCUAGCAGACUCGAUAUAAGCAGACUGGAUAGUGCAGUUUACCCGGGAGCAGCAGGUACCAGCAGCAGCAGCAGCAGCAGCAGCAGCAGUCAACAGGGUGGGGGCGGCGCGGGAGGCGGGGAGAGGAAGAACCUCCGGCCCUUAGCCGACUCCCCUCGUGUGAAAGCCUAUCAGGAGCACCUGCACAGCACACACAAGUCUGUUCUAGCAUCCGUAGGAGCAGCGGAAGAAUCUAGUCUAGUCUACAGCUAUGGCUUCUUAGCGAAUUCCGCCUGUGCGUCACUGACAGCUCAGCAGGCGAAGAAUUUAGAGUCACAGCCAGGGGUGGGGCAGGUGGUGCGGGCGAAGGGGAGGGUGCGUGCUUUCACGACGUAUACGCCCAAGUAUAUGAAGAUGGGGAAGGCGUGGAGCGGAGUAGGGGGGAAGGGGCGAGCAGGGGAGGAUGUGAUUAUUGGGGUGAUUGACUCUGGAAUUUGGCCGGAACACCCGUCUUUCUCGGAUAAGGGCUAUGGCCCGGUGCCCAGGCGGUGGAAGGGGGCGUGCACCGGGCUGAGAAAGUGCAACCGCAAGGUGAUCGGCGCGCGCUACUUCCUCAAGGGCUAUGAGGCGGAGUACGGGCCCCUGGCGCCUGGAGAGUACCGAUCUGCUCGGGACGCAGGGGGGCAUGGCACGUGGUGUGCAGGAGCGGCAGCAGGCAACAGUGAUGUGACACUGACAGAGCAGGACGGCACGCCCAUCGGGUCGGCCAGUGGCAUGGCGCCACGUGGCAGGGUGGCGGUGUACAAGGCACUGUGGUACAACGCAUCGGAGGGGUACGGCCACGACUGCGACAUCUUUGCAGCCGUUGAUCAGGCCGUGGCGGACGGUGUGGAUGUGCUCUCCAUGAGCAUCGGAUCGGGCGAGGACACCUACUUUGGGGAUCUGCACCUGCUGAGAGCAAUGCAGGCAGGAGUGUUCGUGGCGACGGCAGCGGGCAAUGAUGGACCACCGCCCAACGCUGAGAAGCGCAACACCUUCCGCACUCUCAGCAACGCCGCUCCCUUCUACCUCACUGUUGCCGCCAGCUCAACAGAUGACGACUGGGUCUUCUUUUCCCGGUCAGCACAGUCAACCCAAGUCAACGCCACCUCGCUGCCUGCUGCUGCAGCUGCCGCUCAGCCAAAGCAGCUCUCCAACCCCAUGAUGGCGCCCUUCUCCUCCGCCGGGCCCCCCUUAAAGCCCAGCAAGCCCCCCUCCGACUCCCCCGCGCUCACCAACGACAUCUUAAAGCCCGACAUCACCGCACCCGGCAUCUCCCGCGUUGCGGCUGCUCCCGGCGGCACCAUCAAACAGGCUUGGUACUCUAGUAAAAGCGGCACGUCGAUGUCUACACCUCAAUUGGCCGGAAUUGCGGCGCUUAUAAUUGAAAAAUACCCCAAUUGGAGCCCGUCCGCGGUUAAAUCGGCAAUAAUGACUACGGCUACGGUAAUGAAUCGGCAGGGCGGGUGCAUUCAGGAUUCCUUGGGAGUGAAAGCGUCCCCUUGGAAUUAUGGGUCGGGGCACCUGAAUGCCCCGAAAAUUCUCAACCCGGGGCUGAUUUACGACGUCGGAUUUGCUGGGUACACAAAUUUUCUGGCCGGGCUGAAUAUGGAGAAGGCUCGACAGGCGUUUGGGGAUUCCGCUUCGCUUGUUCCGAUCCAGCCGUGGAAUCUAAACCAGCCAAAUAUUUGCGUGUCGCAGCUGUCUACAGUGGUGACUGUAACGAGACGGGUUACCAGUGUGGCCUGGCAUGCCCGAACCUACAAGCUCCGGUUAGGUUCGAUGCCGGACGUAGCUGUGGAAGUUUCCCCGAAGAAGUUUACAAUUUUGCCCUGGCAGAGCAUGACCUUUUCUGUGACGCUGACCCCGAAAAAGGGCACCAAGAUUUUCUCGUUUGGGAGCUUGGCUUGGGUAGAUGGGGUGCACUGGGUGAGAACGUCCAUCGCUGCCCAGCCUAUGGUGGCACUAUAAUUAAGGUUUCGCCUGUGGUGGCAAUAGAAUGAAGGUUUCGCCCAUGGUGGCAUUAUAAUGAAGGUUUCGCCUUUGGUGGCACUACCGUAUAAUGAAGGUGACUAUUAAGG